GGAAAAGGCCUGUUCUCCAUUGAGUUUUCAGUCCUGGUAACUGAACUCAAAAAGAUUGUGCCCUGUUCCAACCUCAACUCCAGGCUCAACCAGAAAAAGGAAACAAAUAUUUCUGAUUCAGCUUACAGGCUCUUAAUUCCCCAACCAAGGACUGAACCCGUGGCCUCAGCAGAGAAAGCACGGAGUCCUAACCACUGGACUGCCAGGGAAUUCCCUCAUUUGUAUCCUGGUACACAUGUGUUAGAGUUUCUCUUGGGUAUAUACCCAGAAGUGGAAUUGCGAAGUCAAGUCAAGAUGGUAGCCUGACAAAUACUGCUGUUCCACUCCUCCCUCCCAUAUGAUGGCACCAGUGACCUCCAGCCCUUCCCCAUGCUCUUCUGUCUGUGUGAUGGAUUACGUGCUGCUCUCCUCCACAGCUUGGGACCCGAUGAUGUCCACCUCUGUAUCAUACACAGUACAGUAGGCGUUGAGGUUCUUGCAGAACCCCAGACCACUGUCUGUGCAAUAAGAACAAUGUGUUCACUGCAGUUGUCUCAAAGCGCCUUCUCAGAGCCUCUUCACCAGAAUGGAUCCGGCACUCCAGCAGUGCUUGAAGGUUAUCAGGAGUAAAGAGACCUUCUGGGAUUUCAUCAGUUUCAUGUCCAUCCAGAGAAGGCCAGGUCGGACUGCAUGCUCUUCCGCGUGCAAUUGGGGGUCGCGCAGAAGUUCGGCAUCGUCGUCUGCCAGCCGGCCGGCCCAGCACUCCCAGCCCUCCCCCUCCCCGCCUCCUCAAGGUAGCCCGCCCGCCCGCCCGUCGGGGCCGGGGAGGGAGCCAGGCCGACCGGCCGGCUCGUUAGGGCCGGCGCACCGUGGGGAGGGGCGGGCGGGCGAGAAGCCGCGACGGGCAGGAGGGGCGCCGCGGUCCGAGGCCGGGCUGAGGAUGCGGCCACACAGUGCUGUGAGCGGCCGGGAGGAUUUACCGCCGCCGCCGCCGCCGCCGCCGCCGCCGCCGCUGGUGCACCUCCCGCCCGCCCGGGACGCUGCCGCCUCCUUCCCACCCGCACUGGCCCUUAUGUCUUGCAAACUUCUCUCCAUACAUUGGCUGGUUCUGAUGGUGCUGACCACAGCACGAGGCCUCUGGGAGAUGAGGGAAUUCCCCCGUUGUGCUCGGUUCUGGCUCGCCUGCACUCCUUGCCUUCCUCUGGUGCUGCCCUGGCUCAGGGUUCAGCCACCAUAGAAGAAGUCUGAUUAUCCUGAGACUACCAGACUCUUAAGGAAGCCUAAGUGAGCCACUUGAAGAUGUCACAUGAAGGAGGAUCAAAGUGCUUUGAUUGACAGCCCCACAUGAAAUCCCAGCCUCCAGGCAGCACCAACUGCCACUGUCUUGGACAUUCCAAAUCAGUUACGCCUCCAGUGAGCCAUCUUGGACAUUCCAGACCAGUUGAGCCUCCAGAUGACUGCAGCCACAGCUCAACCCACAUAAGGAAGAACUACCCAGGAAAUGUUUUCCACCUGCCUUAAGAAUAGUAGCAAUAUCACUGACCCCAUGAAAAUGGGAAGACACAAAUUAGCUGAAGAAGCAUCAGCAUUUUUUUAAAAAGAUUAGGAAGUUCCCCACACCCUCUCAUCAAGAACAGUGAUGCCAGAGUGGCCCAUCUGGUGUGUCAGGCUGCAGGCUGGUACCCAGAGCCUGAGGCAAGCUGGGGAGAUCCCUAAGGACAGAAUUUAAAGCCGCACUCCUAAAACAACGGAGCAGGUGGAAACAGCCUGUUCUCCACUGAGUCUUCAUUCCUGGUAACUGUGACCUCUUUGGUCCUCAACCCCAGGCUCAACGAGAAGAAGGAAAUAACUAUUUCUUUGUCAGAUCUGGCCAUAGGCAAUUACAAAGUCUUUCUGGACCUGAAACAUAGACUGCCAGAUAUUUCUCCAGCAAAGAUGGGUUUAUUCAGGAUCAGCAGAGAAUUGCAAUUCGGGAUCUGCAACCAUGGCAAGCCACAUGCAAGUCCCCACACAGCAAAAGAAGAAAAGGGGAAAAGGAAGUUGGGAGGGCUGCAGUUAACAAAGAGUCCGUGGCUUUUCUUUGGCUGAGUCCUUGCCUGGAAAGGAGAGGAGACUUCUUGCUCUUGGGCUCUGCAGUGGUGCUGGGUGUGAGAGCUCCCCUUUCUGGUCUCCCAACUCUAUUUAAUGGAGGUUUCUGUUUAUUAAUUUUUUAUAGCUUUAUCUGGCUGCCCUCCCCACACCAGACUUGGAGCACAGCCUGUGCAUUGCAGUCUCUGAAAGGAAUUGCAGUCAAUGACGCAGGCCCACCCCCCCGAUCCCCCCCACCCCGUCCACCUAUGCUCGUAUGUAUAUCUGCAUUCCUAGUUCAAGUGCCUCUGGAGGCCUCUUCACUGGGGCUCUUGGCAGAAGCCUUCGUCAGACACUUCUGCCGAAACCGCUUUGUUGGGAAGAGGGGAGGGAACCUUGAAGCCAUGUUCUCCGCACUGACUCAGCACUCAGUACUUUUCCAAGUCUAGCCUACUCUCCCUGCCCCUGGCUUCCAGGUCCAUGAAAUUGCGGGAGCUUUCUGAUCAGGGCUCCCUCAGCAGUGAGACAAGCCCCACAUCUGUGCUAAUCCACUUAACCCUUAACUGACGCACCAUUCCUUGAGGGAAAAUGGAAUGGAGGAGUCAGUGCUUUCUCCUGUUUAGCCUCUUGC